UAUAUCUUAAAUUCGUAAGCAGCCGAUUUGAUUGAUUUUUAAUAUUUUUAUUGAUAAUAUUAGGGGUUUUGGUGUGGAAUUUAUUAUAAUACAGUUGAAUGUUAAUAUUCUCAGAUACCUCUUUAUUUCUACUUAUUAGUGUUUUGUUGGCUGCUAAAUAAAUUACUUGGAACAAUUCCUAUUAGGUUUAAAAAUUACUGGAAUUCCAAGAUGUUGCAAUUAAUUAGAAAAGAAAUCCUUUGGUUAGGUAUAGUGUUCCUAUUUAAUGUAUCAUGGGGAUAUGAACAAAAAGCAGAUUUUAUAUAUGAUAAUACAAAUUCAGAGUAUAAUCACAAUCAGUAUGUACGAGGAGUGUCAAGGUUAAAGCGAUCCAGCGAAACAAAAGUAACCAGUUCAAGUGAACCAAGCUCUGUGGUGGAUACUUCAAACUCAUCAGCACGUAUACCUAGUUCUUCUACUGAAAGUUCACAUGUUUCAUAUGAAAAUAUUACAUCCAACAAUUCACUUCUGUUGGUGCAAGCAAAUGUAACAUCAUCGAUAACUCCAAAUGUUUCAGUACCAAGCCCCUCAGACGCUGCACCCUUGCCUGAAAAGAGUUCUGCAGAAGAUGAGCACAAUAGUUCAAUGGCAAUAUUUUUUGUUCUUUGUAUACUGGCAUUGGGAAUAUUAUUGAUUCAUCUUAUGUUGCAAACUGGUUUCUCAUAUUUGCCUGAAAGUGUUGUAAUUGUAUUCCUUGGUGCGUUAAUUGGUAUGGUUAUCAAUCUUAUGUCUAUCAAAAAUAUAGCAAAUUGGAGAAAAGAAGAAGCCUUCUCACCAACAGCUUUUUUCUUAGUACUUUUACCCCCCAUUAUAUUUGAAUCAGGAUACAAUUUGCACAAAGGCAACUUUUUUCAAAAUAUUGGCUCAAUAUUAUUGUUUGCUAUUGUUGGAACUGCUAUAUCUGCAUUUGUAAUUGGAGCAGGCAUUUACUUGCUAGGUUUGGCUCAAGUGGUAUACCGUUUGAGUUUUGUGGAGUCAUUUGCUUUUGGAUCACUCAUAUCUGCUGUGGAUCCUGUAGCAACAGUUGCAAUCUUUCAUGCUCUGGAUGUGGAUCCAGUACUGAACAUGUUAGUGUUUGGUGAAAGUAUAUUAAAUGAUGCAGUAGCAAUUGUCCUGACUACUGCUGUCUUAGAUUCUAAUGAUCCUUAUAUGUCAACUGGUGAAGCCAUUUUAUCAGCCAUAAAUCGUUUCUGGCUAAUGUUCUUUGCAUCUGCUGGUAUUGGAGUAUUAUUUGCAUUAGUUAGUGCACUAUUGUUGAAGCAUGUGGAUUUGAGAAAAAAUCCAUCCUUAGAGUUUGGUAUGAUGUUGGUAUUUACAUAUGCUCCGUAUGUGCUUGCUGAGGGUAUCCAUUUAUCAGGGAUAAUGGCAAUAUUAUUUUGUGGGAUAGUAAUGUCCCAUUAUACACAUUUUAACCUUUCUACUGUCACUCAAGUCACUAUGCAGCAAACAAUGAGAACAUUAGCUUUCAUAGCUGAGACUUGUGUCUUUGCUUACCUGGGAUUAGCUAUAUUCAGCUUCAGACACCGUGUGGAACCGGCACUAGUUGUUUGGAGUAUAGUGAUGUGCCUCCUUGGUAGGGCUGCAAAUAUAUUUCCUUUGGCCUUAUUAUGCAAUAAAUUCCGUGAACACAAGAUCACUAAAAAAAUGAUGUUUAUAAUGUGGUUUAGUGGAUUACGUGGGGCUAUUUCUUACGCUUUAUCCUUGCAUCUUGGUUUUUCUGAUGAAACCCGUCAUGUGAUUAUAACGACUACACUUAUCAUAGUAUUAUUCACUACACUAUUCUUUGGUGGAUCUACAAUGCCGUUACUUAAGUUUUUACGAGCUAAUAAGAAAACGAAACGUUCACGAUCUUUACGAAAGCAAAAAGAGGUAAGCUUAUCAAAGACCAAAGAAUGGGGUCAAGCAAUCGAUUCUGAACAUCUAUCAGAGAUAACUGAGGAAGAAUUGGAGGUUAAUUAUUCACAUGCGACAAGACUACGAGGCUUUGUGAGGUUAGACAUGAAAUAUUUGACACCAUUCUUUACAAGAAGAUUUACCCAUCAGGAACUUAAGGAUUGUAAAAGUCAAAUGACAGAUCUUACAAACCAAUGGUAUCAAGCUAUAAGAAUAUCAAAUGAUCGAGAAACAGAUGAGGAAGAAAGCUUACAACAAAGUUCUCUCUCAAAUUCCCAUAGCAGUCUUCAAAGAGGAGUUUGAGCUGGAUUGUAAUAUAGGUGCAUAGUAUAAAUUAUAAUUUAGAAAUUUUGUGCAAUUUUUUAAUUUGUAAUUUUUGACAUGCAAUUAUGUAUAAAUAUUUGACGAUAUUUUCACUGAAAUAUACUUAGAAGAACCUUUUAAAUAAUAUCAUUAUAUAUUUUUAAAUGUAAUUCGAUUUUAAGUAUUCAAAAAUACACUUAUGUUUUACCUUACAAUUAAAAAAUAUCAGUGAUAUACUAAUAAGAACCUAUUGCACUAUUAAGGUUUUAGAAGAUUAUUCAGGGUAUCUUAAAUGAUCAUUCAAAAAUAUUUUAAAUAUUUUAUUUCAUAUUUGAUAUUCUGUUUAUUUAGUAUUAAUGGACUCGGUGUUAAUGAAAUUAUUGCGUCCGUCAUUGUUGUUUCUGUGAUUCGUAUUAUAACUCUUUCAUAAUUAUAAAUUAUUUUCAGUGCUAACAUAUGGGCGUAAUCAAAUUAUAGUCAGUGAUUGUGAUAAUAAUUUUUUAUACCAAACCAUUGUAUUAACGCUUUGAGUCGAAAUCCUUAAUUUAUAAUUUCCAGGUAUUGGUUGUGCUAAAAAUGCAUAUUAAAUGUGAUUUAGCUAGGAUAAGUAAAUUUGUACGCAUAAAUAAGUAAGAUAAGUGUAAUCUGCUUUUUCCUGUUUUUUGGUAAACAAAUGAUUAAAAAUAAGUAUACAGAUAACAAUGUACAAAAAACUUAUAAAUAAUUAUUUAAAAUAGUUUUUAUUUUGUUAAUUUAAUUGUUCAUUACUUUAGUAAAAAUAUCAGGAUUUUUUACAAAUAGACAAGAAAUAGCAGAUUCUAUUAUAGUUGAUUUUAAAAUGUUGUUGAGUAGCUUUAAUUAUUUAUAUGUAUAUAAAGUCACAAAUUGCAAGUGUGACUAUAAAUUGAGUACCUACAAUUAUUUUUGGGCUUUGGAUAGAAUCUAAUUGUAUAAGCCCAUGUAUAAAAUUUUUUGUUAUUGAUUUACAAGCUUAAGCUUGGCUUUUAUGUGUAUAUUACUUUUAAUUUAAAAAAUUAAUACUUCUUUUCAAGUUGUAUUAUAAAAAGUUAUGUAUUUAAUGUUGCCAGUGUUUACUAUAAGAAUCAUUGGCAUUGUUAGAAAUAAACGAUAAAAUCGGUUAUUUUUGACCAUGACGUUAUUACGUCAUUACUACAUUAAAAAAAAAAAUACAAAUGAAAAAUUCUUUACUGGAAUUAUUGGUGUAUUUAAGGUUACUUUCUACAGGUCUGGCUGUUAAAAAGACGUUUCUCUUGUAUUAUGGGGUAAGUACAAUCAAAACGGUUCUCCAUAAAUACAUCUGUAUCUGAUAUUGUAACAAAUAAGUGUAAUUUGGCCGUAUUUAUAUACAAAAUACUAAUAUGACAAACUGCAAACUAUAGUAAACAUAAACAAUUUAUUAUAUAUGCGUGCACAGAUCAGUAACAUUGUCCAUAGAGAACAAGGUUGCUCUACUUACACUUAUGUUUAAGCACGGACACAUGCGGUUGUAGUAUAUAAUUUUAAUGUGUUGUGUUGGUGAUUUGCUAGUUAUUCGUAUUCGUAUCCGCGGGUAUCAGAAAGAGAAAUGUUACAUACAUACUUACAUUACUUUUUGGCGGAUAUUAAAUGCAUCUUUUGUAUUUCUUAAAAUCACCUAUUUAGCACAUUUAUGUUGCAAAAAUUAAAUAUUUAAACAUUGAUGUCAGUUACCAAAAUAGUAAAUUAAAUGUAGGUAUUGAGUUAUAAAAAAGUAAUAGGCCGUAUCCGUACUUGUACCUGUAUGCGCGAAUAUACAUUUUUAACGAACCGGCACAUUAAUACUAGUUGAUGAUGGAUAAAAUUAUAUGGCCAGGAAUGUCCAUUGACUACACCAAAUCCAACUUUUUUUUUUUAAUUCAAUCAAUAACAAUAUUAAGCAUUGGCGUUAAUUUGCCUGAAAAUGCCUCGUUUACAGGUUAAACAUGUGCCACGAGACGUGCUUGGACGAAAUGGCAGUCAGGGAUUGAGGGUUAAUAUGGAAAGUUGUAGAACUUCUGGUAGUAAUGAUGGUGAUUAAUCUUUGGGUCUUGGCAGUUAUACACACUAAUGGUAGCAGAGAUAAACAAAAUCAUUCUAAUCAAAUAACUGAUGAUAUCUCCUACCGCAAGAUUACACCUAUUUUCAGUAAAAUAUAAAAAUUUUUGAUAAUAGACCAAUUUUGACGGAUCACUUUAUUAAGAAUUGUCUUGAUAAUACAUUGGAUUUUUUUAAUCGUCUUAUCUUGAAAAUAUAGAAUUAUUGGUUCUGUUAUUUAUAUAUAUAAUACUAUCAGAUUAUAAACCAUUAAAUACAAAAAAGUAUUAUCAGUGUUUAUAUAAUUUAUAUUUAUUUUUAGAUCAAAUGGAAGAAGUAUAUAAAUGUAUUUUAUUAGUCAAAUGAUAUGUUCCUAUUUUAAACUGCGUUCUUAAAAGAAGGAAGCUCUUAAUUUGGUUGUAUUUUUUUUUGAUUGUUACCUCAAAACUUUGUCAUUCAUAAACUAAUUUGGAAAAUUCUUUUUAAAAGAUUACUUUCAGUUAUCAGUUCAGUAAUUUAGUUUUUAAAGUAACUGGUUUUGCUACAAUUGAGGUCAGUUUCCUUGUUACAAAUCUAAUAAUGUUAUAAAAAUUCUGUAAAUUAAUUUUAAUAAAGAUAAUAAUAUUCGAGUGCUUUUGGUUUGAUGUUAGUUAUCAUCAGCAAAUUUUAUAACAAUAACAAAUAUAAAUACAGUAAUUAUGUUGUUAAUUUGGUAUUGUUACAGUUAUAAAUUCAAGAUAGAGUAAGUCAGUAUUUGUUAUUGUUGAUCUAUAACAGUUUUAAAUUUUUCACUACAUAAUUACAUUUCUGUUUUGCAAAAGGUUGACUGGGAAAGAAUGCUAAAUACCAUUAAGUCCAUCUUUUUUGUACCAAUUAUUUUUUGUAAUGUGGUCAAUAAAGAAUAAAUUAAUAGAGAUGACUGAAAGGAAAAAUAAUUAUCUAAUGAUACAUUUAUGUAUUGUUAACA